AGCCGUUGGUGUUUACAACGGACGCGUGCGGGCCUUCGCUGGCAAUGCCUAGCCAUGCCAGCUGCUCCAGAAGGCGAGGCGCUGGCCGCGGCCGCGUGGCCCCUCGUCGUGGCGGAGCUCGCGGCGCUGCACCGCGGCGGCGCGCGGUGCUCCUCACUGCGGCCGCGCGAGCUCGAGAGGGCCUACGCCGGCGCCAGCGGCAGCGAUGCUUUGGAGGCCCGCCUGGCGAGCCUGUCGCCCCCCGCCCAGGGCAUCGCGCUGUCCAUCGACCUGCAUCCGGGGAGGCGCCGCGUCCGGGGGUGGGGGUGGGUACGCGCUGCCGGAGCCUCCCCUCGCGCAGCCCGAGCCGGCGGGCGGUGGGCGGAGGAGGCCCCCGCGCUGGAAGAAGGAGGCCGGGGCCCCUCCAGGCGGCGGCCCCGCGGGUGCCCGAGGCGCGGCCAGCCACCCCGGCUCCGCGGCGCGGGGCGGCGCGGGCGGCUCGCCCGCGCCCGCGGCCGCCGAGGCGGCGGCCAUGCAGCGGCGAGCGACGUAUCUGCUCUGGCAGAUCCCGACGGACUGCGAUGGCCAGGGCCUGUCGGACCGCCGCGCAUGUCUAGCAGUUAUCCUGGCGGAGGCGUUUUUGCUCGAGCGGGUGGCGGUGCUGCCGCUGUUCCGCCUCGACGCGGACAGGCACAACGCCGGCGUGCUGCUGCCAGGCUCGGACCUGAGCGAGUACGUCUCGCUGGAGAGGAUCCCCGUCGCCACGGUGGCCCUCGCCGACUUCGCGUGGGAGCCCGGCGAGGCCGCGGUGGUGGCAGGGCCCGUCCGCCCGCGCGAGUGGCGGGGCUGCCGGGCCCGAGUCCUGGUGCGGCCCUGCACCCCGGGGUUCUGGAGGAACGAGCUGGCCGGCGAGCUGCACGGCACCGGCAUGAGGCCCACGGCGGGCCUCUUCGCGGCGCCCGCGCGCGUGGCCGCCGCGGCCGCGCGCGCGGCGGCGCGCAUCGGUGCGCCGUACGUCGGCGUCCACGUGCGGCGAGGGGACAAGUUGAGCCUGAUGCCCUGGCUGGAGGCUGCCACGCGUGGCGAGGCCGUGGCCCGCGCGGUCGCUUCCCUGGCCCCCCCUGGAGUCGGGCACGUGUACGUGGCGUCCAACGACGCGGAGGUGGACUACGCGGGCGCGCUGCGGGCAGAGGGCUUCCGCUGCAGUCGGCCGCAAGACGUGUUUGCCGAGGAGGUGGGAAGGAACAACCACCUGCUUUUUGCAAUGGAGAUGAAGCUGGUUGAUGAUGCGGUGGUUUGCAUCAGAACCUUCAAUGACUCCACCCCGUGGUAUUUCUCCGCCGUCCGCAAGCCAUCCUACCAUCUUGUGGAUCGUGGAAUGCACGACUACCUUGCGGGCUCCACCUGCAUGGGCACGAAUCGCUGUGACAUCAAGUCAGCGAUCGCGAUGGACACCCUGACCGCGCAGGAGGCGUCUUCCACGCUCGAGCAGGCCGCUGCCGCAGGCCUCAGCUCCGGCUUCCUGCCCGUGGAGGGGCUGCCGCGGAUGCCCUGCCCCGAGAGCCAGGCCAGCCGCGUGGCCUACAGCGUCGCGGUGUUCAGCCAGGUGAGCACGGUUGCGGACGCGACGCUGUGGGCCAUGUCUGGCGACGGGCAGGGGGUCUACAGCGCGAGCCUGCCGGUGGCUCUCGCCGGCCACCGCUUCGUGGUCGCGGUCGACGGCGACCGACGCCGCUGCCUCUUCCCCGACGCGGUCGGCACGUGGCCUCUGCUGCAGGAGGCGGUGAUUGGGCCGGGGGCGCCGCGGAGCCCAGAAUGUGCCUGGCCCUUCCCAGAGGCCCCGGGCAUCUUCGCCGUUCGGCUGGAGACCUGCGGCCGGCGUCUCGUCUCCGUCGCGAAGGAGCCAGCUAGCGGUUUUGGGCGGCGGAACGCAGCGCGGGAAGAGAAAGAGAGCAGCGCCAUCGCCCAGCGGGCAGGGCACUUCCCGGCCGAGUGCCAAAAUUGUACGCCCGCUUUGCACACCCUCGCGAAGGCGCCUUUUCCCGUGCCGGGCAAGGGACCCGUCGGCGAGAGGAACGCGGAGUGCGACGUCGUGGUCGCACACGCAUCGGUCAGCGCGCGGCACUGCGCUCUGACGUCCACGGGCGGCGGGCCGGUGCAGCUCCGGGACCUCGGCAGCACCAACGGCACCUUCCUGGGCGGCGCGAGGGUGGCGGGCGAGGAGGGGGCCGCGGCGAGGGGGGCACGCCACUUCCCCACGCCGGAGUGGAAGCGGGCGCGGGCUGCGGCGGCCGCCGCCGACGCUGGGAACGCGCCUGCGCAGGGGGACCCCGGAGAGGCCACGGCGGUCGCGGGAGCGGCAGCACUUGGCGCUGGGCGGUGGUGCCUCGUCAACGAGAGUACGGAGGACGUCGUCGAGAUCGUGCCAGGGACCCCCCUGACGCUGGGCUCCGGCGGUGGUUGCGACGUGGUGGUGGAAGGGCGGGGCGUCCGCGAGGAGCAUUGCAUGAUCAGGGACGCGGUUCCGAGGCGGCUGCGCAGGAAGACGGCUGCCCCGCCGCCGCCGCCCUCCGGGCAGGCGGCGGCGGUGGAGCUGCUGGACCUGGGCAGCGCCGGCGGCACGCUGCUGAACGGGACCCGCCUGGCCCGGGGCGGCUCGGCGCCGCUCCAGGCGGGCGACGUCGUGGCGCUCGCGUCGCCCGGGGGGCCGCGACUCCGGGUUCGCGGCCCGCGCGCCAGCGGCGAGGAGCAAGCGGGAGCGGGCGCUUCCGGCACGAAGCGCCCGCUGGUGGACGCGGGCGCCACGGGCGCCGCGGCACCGCGCCAGCCGCGGUGCGAAGGGCCUGCCGACGCGGUUGUGGCGCCGCAGGCGGGGGAUCGCGCCGCAGACGCCGAGUGCGCGGACCCCUCGGCGGGCGAGCCGGGCAGCGGGACGUGCGUCGAGGACGUCGCGGCCGCAGUGGCCGAGGCCGUCCGCGAGUCGGGCGCAGGUGCCGGGGCGCCCCGGCUGGUGGACCUAACGAGCGGCAAGAGGCACGACCUGAUCCCGACCAGGAUCACUACAGUCGGCCGGAAGGGCGACUGCGAAGUUCUCGUCGACUCGCCUUGGGUCAGCGGUCGGCACUGUUUGCUGUUCUGCGGCAGCGAUGGCUCUGUAGAGCUGGAGGACUUGAGCACAAACGGCACGUGGAUCAACGACACGCGCGUGCCGAAGGGCGCGUUGUUGCCCCAGCGCGUGCAGCUGAACCAGGGUGACAGCCUCGCUCUCGGAAGGUCCGACAGGCCCGCCUUCCUGGUGCUGCUUCCGGUGCAGGCCGAGAGCCUGCGUGCGGCCGGUGCGUGAUGGGGGGGCACCGGCAGGCACGUGCGGCCGCACGCCGGGGGCGCCCCUGUCUCACCGUUGGGGUCUGCGCGGUGAGGCCGGCGCGGAGGGCGCCCGCGGGCGAGCAGCGGGCGUCCGGCGGCGUCGGGGCGACGCGUCGCA